AUGGCCGAAUACGUCUGGGUCGAUGCUAACGGCGAGACUCGAUCAAAAUCGAGGACCCUCGAUGAGAAGGAGUACAAGCCUGAAGACCUCCCUGUCUGGAACUUUGACGGCUCCUCCACCGAUCAGGCCCCCGGCGAGAACUCUGACGUCUACCUGCGUCCCUGCGCCAUCUUCCCCGACCCCUUCCGCGGCUCUCCCAACAUCAUCGUCCUGGCUGAGUGCUGGAACGCCGACGGCACUCCCAACAAGUUCAACUUCCGUUAUGAGUGCAACAAGGCUAUGGAGGCUUAUGCCGACCACGACCCCUGGUUCGGCCUCGAGCAGGAGUAUACCCUCCUAGAUCACGAUGACCGCCCUUUCGGCUGGCCCAUUGGCGGCUUCCCUGCUCCCCAGGGUCCUUACUACUGCGGUGUUGGCAGCGGCAAGGUUGUUAUGCGAGACAUUGUCGACUCACACUACAAGGCCUGCCUCUACGCUGGAAUCCACAUCUCGGGCACCAAUGCUGAGGUGAUGCCCGGUCAGUGGGAGUACCAAGUCGGUCCAUGCGUUGGCAUCAACAUGGGCGAUGAACUCUGGGUUUCUCGAUUUAUGCUCGCUCGCGUCGCGGAAGACUAUGGCGUCAAGGUUUCAUUCCAUCCCAAGCCUAUGAAGGGAAAUUGGAACGGAGCUGGUAUGCAUAGUAACUUCUCGACGAAAGAGAUGCGUGCCGAGGGUGGAAUGAAGCAUAUUGAGGAUGCUCUCAAGAAGCUCGAGCCUCACCACGCCGAGUGUAUCAAGGAGUACGGAGAGGACAAUGAGCAGCGUCUCACCGGAAGCCACGAGACUGGCUCCAUUGAUCAGUUCUCCUGGGGCGUCGCCAACCGUGGCUGCUCUAUCCGUAUCCCACGGGAAACUGCCGCCAAGGGCUAUGGUUACUUUGAAGAUCGCCGACCUGCCUCCAACGCCGAUCCUUACCGUGUCACCAGGGUCCUCAUGACCUCAAUAUUCGGCAAGUUGUGA